UCUUUUCUAACAUUGCUAUCAUAUAACGGGAGUUGGCACCACUGCGUCUCGUCCUUUCCGUAGUGGCCUGUCUGGUGUGUUUACACUUCGGCGUCUGAGUUUAUCAGCAAUUUCUUCAAAAUGGGUCGUAUGCACAGUAGAGGAAAGGGUAUUUCCCAGUCUGCGCUGCCAUAUCGCCGUUCCGUGCCCAACUGGCUGAAACUGACUAAGGAAGAUGUAGAAGAGCAGAUUGUCAAAUUGGCUAAGAAGGGUCUGACUCCCUCACAGAUUGGUGUCAUCCUUCGUGAUAGCCACGGUGUCGCCCAGGUGAGGUUUGUCACCGGAAACAAGAUUCUGCGCGUGCUGAAGGCUAAGGGUCUUGCCCCUGAUAUCCCAGAAGAUUUGUACCACCUCAUCAAGAAGGCUGUUGCCAUCCGCAAGCAUCUGGAAAGGAACAGGAAGGACCGUGACUCCAAGUUCCGCCUUAUCUUGGUAGAAUCCCGUAUCCACCGCAUUACCCGUUAUUACAAGUCCAGAGGAGUUUUGGCUCCCUCAUGGAAGUAUGCAUCAGCAACUGCUUCUGCCCUUGUUGCUUAAAUAAAUUGUAGGCAGUGUUUACA